GCGCUAUAUUAAAUUCAAGGAUUAUUUUCACACUAAUGGCUUUACCACCACCUGGAAAUCACCAGAACCCAGCUGAUGGAGUAGGCCUCUAUAUUGUGUUUGUUUUCUCAGACAAGCAGCGAUGACUGAAAGAAGGCGGUCCUCAAGUGAUGAGAGUCUUUAUGAUAUCUUAGAAGUGAAUAAGAAAGCCACAGUGGAAGAGAUCAAAGCAGCGUACAGGAAGCUGGCACUGAAGUACCACCCGGAUAAGAAUCGCAAUGACCCAGCUGCAGCUGAGAUGUUCAAGGAAAUAAACAAAUCGUACAUCAUCCUCUCGGACCAUCGGAAGAGGAGCAUCUAUGAUUCAUAUGGUUCAGCGGGGCUGCAACUGGCCUCCAUGUUAGGGCAAGAGGGAGAGAAAGUGCUAUCAACGAAGACGAACUACUGCUUCAAGAUGACCAUUCUGAAAGCUCCAGCCAAAACAGCGAAGCCAAACUAACAAAGGAGAUGCCUACAAUGAAGAUAGUUAAUGGGCAGAAUGAUCCAAUUCACUAAUUAGAUGGCUGAACCUAUUCGCUACAAUUUUUAAAUUGCAUCACUGCCUUUUCCCCAAACCCCAACUAUUUUAAUUUCUCCAAUUCUGCCCGCUCCUUUUCUUUCUUCCCUCCUCCCCCCUCCCCUAAUUCCGAAGACACUGACUCGUGUUGGGGAAUGGUAUCACAGAGGCCCUCUAGUACCUCGCUCAAAGGCUCAACCUUCAGGAGUGAUCAUGG